AUGCCGUUUUCAGUGGAGUUAGAUAGUUUUAAAACCCCAAAGAGGCUUUAUAUGCUAAGGUUCCAGAUUUAUGAUGGUAAGUUUGAUCCGAACUUUCAUGUCGACUUAUAUCUGAAUUCAAUGGCUUUGUAUACCGAGAACGAGCAGUUACUGUGCAAGGUGUUCCUCUCAUCCUUUAGGGAAAUCGCAUCGGAUUGGUUCCACAAGUUGCCGAAAGGAACUGUGAAGAGUUGGAAAGGCUUGGCUGAGAUGUUUGUGGCCAAGUUUGUUACGAAUAAGUUGCAGCCAUUAAGGGUAAACUCCCUGAUGGCUCUGAAAAUUGAUGAGGGUGAAAGCCUCAUGGCAUAUGCCAAAAGGUAUUAUGAGGUGUUCAACCGAAUACCGAGAUGUAACCAGGAGCUGACAGUUGUAUCUUUUAAGAAUAACCUGCAGGAUGCAUGCCCUCUCUGGAAGUCACUGGAAAAAACUCUACCAAAAAGUAUGAAGGAACUUAUGGCUCAGAUUGAAAAAUAUGCCAGAGCAGAAGAGGCUACGCUGGGAACAAAGGCACCAAAGCAAGAGAAGAGAAACGGCUAG